GAUCAAACAGUCUCUCAGGCUGUCAGCAGUGAGGGCAAAGCCAUGGGCGGGGGUAACAGGAGAAGACCACCCGCCGGCAAAUCAAAGAAAGUGAACAGGGGAUCUAAGCCACAUCCUAAAUCGUCGUCUUCAUCGGCGGCUCGAACCAGAAAUUCUCUUUUUGUGGAAGGAGGUUUCUUGUCUGAUUGGAAGCUCGACUCUUCGUCGCCCGUCCCGGUUAGAGGAAGGAAUUCCAAUAGAAACCAUAAUUCGGGGUCGAAAUCUGAUUCAGCAAAAGCUUCAGCUUCCAAAACUGGACCAAGGAAAUCUAAUGGAAAUACUUUUGGGUAUAGAUACCCUUCUGUUAAUAGUCAGGAGGGUUUGCCCCAAGAAAAGUGUGGAGGGAAUGAUGAUGGAGGUGAUAAUAUGAAAGAGAAACAUCCUAUUAUUUUAUUAGGUUCUAAGGAGACUCAAAUUGUUGCUUACCUAGAUGAAACACCGCCUUCAAGGGCUAAGGAUGUAAAUUAUACUUAUGAAUACAGUUCAGAUUUUGUGCUAGGUGAUGUCUCACAUAGAGGUUUGGGAUUCUUCAAUGAUGAGACAAGUCCAGAUGGUAUGGGAUCCUCUUCCAAGCAAAUGGCAGAGCAAGAUGGCUUCUCUUCUGCUUCAUUUUCUUCUGAGAAUGAGAGGGAUGUGGAUGAGGGUAGUAACUGUGAGGAAGGCGUGGUUGUGGAAGAAAUGAUGGCUGAGAAUUUAUCUCCCAAAAAGAAUUCAGGAUUUUUAUCCAUCGGAGGCAUGAAAUUAUACACGCAGGAUAUAUCUGAUGGAGAAAGUGAUGAUGAUGAUGUUGAUAUUGAUCCUGAUGAUAACGAGUCAGUAGAUGAUGAAAGCUCAGAAUCAUCUCAACCAAGGGAAGAGAUUGGAUUAUCUGAAAUUGAUAGCUCCGAAGACAUAUCGGAUAGUGAUUUAGAUAUUGAUGAUGAGGUGGCAGAAGAUUACCUGCAGGGAAUUGGCGGGAGCAGCAAUGUCGUGGAUACCAAGUGGUUGUUGGAGCAGGCUCUAGAUGAAUCAGAUGAUGAUAGUUCAUCUGAUAAUUCUUUUGAUGAAACUGUAGAGAAGUUGGGUGGAAUUGCUCUUCAAGAUGCUUCUAGGGAAUAUGGUAUGAAGAAGUCACGCUUGAGGAGAAAUAACACAGGAACUGAUAGAAAUUUUUGGUCACCGGCCUUUGAUGACCAUAUGCUUGUGAAGGACUCAAGAACUCUUUCUGGGAAGAAGAAGCAUGUUUCCCGGCUUCCUCAAUCAUGGCUUUUAGAGGCACAAAAGAGUAAAACUUCCAGAAGGUUUCCUGGUACAAAGUGUAGUUACAAGUAUUUGUUUCUUUUUAAUUUGAAAGACUAUAAGAAGCAGACUUGUACUGUUGUUUGCUUCUCUUCCUCAUUGGCUGCUUUCAUUCUGGAUCAUAUAUGGUCAGUGGUUAGCUACAUGGUUGGUGGUUUUUGUGCACUUACUAUUAUCUACAUGCUUGAAAAGUUGGACCACAUUGUUUUGGAUGAAGUUGAUAUGUACUGUUUCCAACCUAUGCAUCACCGGGAUUGUUCCCAGGUACGGAGAUUAGCUGCAAUAUAUCGUUUGUCUAGUAGCCAGCAAGGUUCUGGAAAGAAAAGCUUUGUGGUGGUAGUGCGGUCACAGCAUACAUGCAUGCCAUCAUCAAAGGAUAAAAUUCGUCUUGAAAAGCUGAUAGGAGGUGGCAAUGAAGAUGCUGAUUUUUCAGUCACUAAAGGUUCAAAUAGAAAUACGGCAAGCACAAGCAGAGGCAAGGAUAAGAAGAUUGCAAAGGGAAGUGGGUUUGGUCAGUUGGAACUCAGACAAUCUGCCCAAAGUAAGUCAUCAAAGAACUCCGCUAAUCAGCAAAACAGUAGGAAAGUAAGUGCAGGAAGACAGAGUGGGAGAAAGGUUUCUUAUGCUAAUCAACCUGUAUCAUUUAUAGCAAGCGGCGUAAUGCACUCUGAAACUGUUGAGCUUGAGACUGUAGACCCUAACGAUCCAAAUGGAACUUGUGAAAGUAAAGGUGAUGUGUAUGCAACCUGCAAAAGUAAGGGUAUAUUUAGCACAGGACAAAUUGGUUCAUUUGAGGUCCAUACUAAAGGUUUUGGGUCGAAAAUGAUGGCAAAAAUGGGAUUUGUUGAAGGCGGAGGAUUGGGAAAAGAUGGUCAAGGAAUGGCUCAGCCCAUUGAAGUGAUUAAACGACCUAAAUCACUUGGGUUGGGUGUGAAGUUUCCUGAUACUGCUUGUGAUGACAUGAACUCAGCAAGUGUUGAAACUAAAAGAAUUGGAGCAUUUGAAAAGUCUAUUAAAGAUUUUGGUACGAGUCCUGGAACUGAAAGAUUUGGAGCUUUUGAAAAGCAUACCAAAGGUUUUGGUUCCAAGAUGAUGGCCAAGAUGGGUUUUGUUGAGGGCACGGGCCUAGGUAAAGACUCACAAGGCAUAGUGAAGCCAUUGGUUGCUGUUUGGCGUCCAAAAUCACGAGGAUUGGGUGCCAAACACUAGAUUUAAGGUUCAUUUGAAAAAUUAAGAGGUUAGUUGUAUAAGUUAUUGAAAUAUAUUUCGGGUUAAUUUACUGCAUCCCUUGUUCCUUAUAGUUUAAUUGAUCAUGGUAUAUCUGCAUUGUUAACAAUUUACUUGCUAUUUUGUAAGUCUCUUGUUUUCUUCACCUUCCCUA